AGCGUCAGUUCGCUCCAGCCUCAGUUAAAGGGAGAUUAUACGUUUGGACCGCAGGAACUGGAUCUGUUGUUUUUUCGCGCUAUCGUUUGGAUCUACGAGUUGAGCGUAGGGAUUUUUUUUUUAUUCGCGUGGUUUUUAGUGUGUUUGCGGAGAAAGGAGGGGGUUUGUUGAGAAAAAAAGGCCAAUUGCGGAGGAAAUAGGCUAGCGAGGACAGCUUCGUGGUGUAGUCAGAUACGAGAGAGAGAUUGAGACAGAGAGAGAGAGAGAACGUUUCGCGGUGGAGCUGGAGCGGCGUAAUGAUCCGGUCUGCAAUGAGGAAGAUAUAUUUUAAAAACUGCCGACGUUGAGGUCAAGGCGAUGGGUUUCCGUGCCAGUAACUUUUAAGAAGGAAGAUCUGUGUGCACUGUAAGUGUCGUCGUGAGGAGCAUGCAGUAACAGCCAUGCCUGUGGAGAUGGAGAAGACGGUGACCAAGCUGAUGUACGACUUCCAGAGGAACUCCACAUCGGAUGAUGAUUCUGGCUGCGCCCUGGAAGAGUAUGCCUGGGUACCACCGGGACUCAAACCCGAACAGGUUCACCAGUACUACAGCUCCCUGCCCGAGGACAAGGUGCCCUAUGUGAACAGCCCGGGAGAGAAGUACCGCAUCAAACAGCUGCUCCACCAGCUGCCCCCCCACGACAACGAGGUGCGCUACUGUAACAGCCUGGACGAGGAGGAGAAGCGAGAACUGAAGCUCUUCAGUAACCAGCGGAAGCGGGAGAAUCUGGGCCGUGGAAAUGUCAGGCCGUUCCCCGUGACGAUGACAGGUGCCAUCUGCGAGCAGUGCGGAGGCCAGAUAAACGGUGGGGACAUUGCAGUGUUCGCGUCCCGGGCGGGCCACAGUGUGUGCUGGCACCCUGGCUGUUUUGUGUGCAGCAUGUGCGAUGAACUGCUGGUGGAUCUCAUCUACUUCUACCAGGACGGCAAGAUCUACUGCGGCCGACACCACGCCGAGAGGCUGAAGCCGCGCUGCACCGCCUGUGAUGAGAUCAUCUUUGCUGAUGAGUGCACCGAGGCAGAGGGGCGCCACUGGCACAUGAAACACUUCUGCUGCUAUGAGUGUGAGACGGUCCUGGGGGGUCAGCGCUACAUCAUGAAGGAGGGACGACCCUAUUGCUGCUCCUGCUUCGAGUCCCUCUAUGCCGAGUAUUGUGACUCCUGCGGGGAACACAUUGGCAUCGACCAAGGCCAGAUGACCUACGAUGGGCAGCACUGGCAUGCCACGGAAGGCUGUUUCUGCUGUGCCCGCUGUAAGCGAUCUCUGCUGGGCCGUCCUUUCCUGCCUAAGCAGGGCCAGAUCUUCUGCUCACGGUCCUGUAGUCUCGGGGAGGAACCCAAUGGGUCUGAUUCCUCUGACUCCGCCUUUCAAAGUGCUCGCUCCACCCGCGAGUCCAGACGCAGCUGCAAGAUGGGAAGGAGUGGAGGAGGAGGAGGAGGAGGAGGAGGAGGGCAGACUGUAAGGUUUUCAGGUGAAGUGGACCCACUGUCAUUGCAAAUGGAUCUUCUCAGCCUCUCCAGCCAAACACCCAGUCUUACUCGUGAGCCACCCGCCUGGCAGAGCCAGGACCAAGGAGGCGAAAGCUACACAUAUGAGUCUCAGCUGGACCCUUCUGCAAACCCCACCCCUCUCCAGCUCCUCAGCCAAUGCAAUGUCAGGACUGCCUACAACCCUGCCUGCUCUGGACAGAGCAGCCAACCACAGGACCACAGGAACAAGGAGAACGGAGGUGUGAAAAAAACGCCCAUUUCAGUGUUAAAGGGCCACUCGCUGAAUGAGACCUGGUUUCACCAGUCAGGUCCAGAGGACUACUAUCCACCUAAGCUGAGGACCCAACAGAGUUUCAGCGAAGUCUCCCAAAUCUCCCAGCACCAAAGCGGCUUCUCUUCGGACAAACGCUCCAUCAGUCUGCAUGGGUUUCAGAGGGACAGGGACAGAGAGGUGGGGCCACCACCGCUGGCCCAGCUCGGUAGAACCAGGAACCCCAUCAAUGCACUUAACUUCAGUGAGCAACUCACCCCUCUGGAGCAGACCCCCAGGGGAUCUAUGGAGUCUCUUGCCCUCUCCAAUGCUACAGGCACCUCAGCAGAUGGAGGAAGCAAGCGUCAAGAACACCUUUCUCGUUUUUCCAUGCCAGACCUAAGCAAAGACUCUGGAAUGAAUGUGUCGGAGAAAAGUAACAUGGACACGCUCAAUUCCUCUGUGCAGUUCCGCAGCUCAGAGUCUCUUGGCAGCCUCACUGUGGGUCAGCCCUACAUGGAAAUGGAUCCCCCCAUGCCGACUCAGUACCCUGUGCAGUACUGUGAUCCCCCUGGCAUGGGAGUUGGCAUGGACAUGGCCCACCUGCCACCUGGCUUUGCCUACCAGGAGGAGGAUAGGGUUAGUUUGGUGAGCAGCGCCAAUGCUGCCCGCCUGCCCCCCAUCAGUGAGCGUAGGGUUGGCGGUGGAGGAGGCAGCAGAAGGGGAGCGGGUAUUUGCAUAAACGCCCCUGAGGACACCCCUCAGCGGCGUCGGCACCACCAUCACCACCGGUCCAGAAGGUCCCGCCGUUCCCGUUCAGAAAAUGCCCUCCAUCUAGCAGCAGAGCGUCGCGAGAGACUGCAAGAAAGGCCUCAUCUGCGCGUACGUGAGGAUUAUGACCGAUUCCCACCACCGAGGGGAGUGAGGGACCAAUUUGGUAUCGGAGGAGGAGGAGGGAGAUACCAGCCGCAGCCUUUUCGACAGUGUCCACGGACCACCUCAGACCUGACUCUGCAGAACCCUGGGCCCCACCGCCGCAUGGGCUUGAGCCAGUAUUCCUGGGAUGACUAUGAGGAUGAUGAUUGGUGUUCCACCUGUUCUUCAUCCUCCGAAUCAGAGGAUGAAGGCUACUUCCUGGGUGAGCCCAUCCCCAGACCCAUCCAGUUGCGCUACCUCAGCAACCAGGAGCUUAUCCAUAAGUACAACAACACAGGAGUGGGAGGACCCAGCCGCAGUGGACAGCUGCACAGUCACAAGCGCCGAAAGAGCAAGAACUGCAUUAUCUCCUAACGCCCCAAAACAGCCCGUUAUCCAGUCCAUGUAAACAAAUUUGCUUCAUCUUGAAACAAAAUCCAGUUCACUUCUUCAGUGUUGUCGAAUAUUGGUAUCACGUGGUUGAUGGUCUGUGGUAAAUUACAGUUGGGUAAACAGUGAAACGGCACAAACGUUUGCAUGAUUAUUCAUUUUGAUAUUUCAGAAAUCUUCCUGUGUAUUAAGGCCAACAGUAAAUGCAUAAACCGGCAGUGACGUCAUAAUGUUUCUCAAAGCUGACGUGCAAUUAUUAUUAUGUCAUUUCCAUGCAGCAACCAGUGUGUAGGUUCAGCUCAGCUUUUUUCAGGCAAUGUGAGUUAUACAUAGGCUAUGCUGUACUGUUGUGUUCAGCUCAUAGUAUGUACAUAGGUAAAUGAAUUAAUAAAUUCACUUAAGUUAAUGAAGUAAUGUAAAUAUGGCUGUAAAUGAGGUCUCAUAUUUUUAUAUUUUGUAUGGAUAGAAUCAUUUAUGUAUCGGAUAUCUAUAAUGUAGAGAUAGAAAAUGACUAAAACAAUGCAUGCAUGUUUUAUUUGGCUCACAUGGUCCUGCAUUUGGAAUAAAGGAGUAUUUCAG